UCACGGUGACCUUUCGUGCUUCCAGUCAAUCAAUCGUUUUAGAGGGCAGAAGUCAUACGGUAGCAUACAUCGUAGAAGACAACGAAAGUCCAAAUACAGGAUAGACAGAAUAGUAUAGCCAGCAAGUCAACAAUGAGCCACAAGAAGAACGCCGCUGCGAACAGAGACGCGCUGUUUGGUGGUGCAGGAGGAGGAGGAGGAGGCCCCAAGCACAAGAAGAAUGCGGCAAGCAACCGAGAUGCCCUCUUUGGCAAUGCGGGCGGUGGAGGUGGUGCCAGUAGUAACAGCGCCCCCCCAAAGAAAUCUACGCAAUCCACGGCACCUUCGUCCAAAGGUUAUGCAUAUGGCGGUCUGAAAGAAAAGCGCGACAAGAACAAGAAAAAGGCGUCCAUGUUAUCUCCAGAAGCCAGGGCUGCCAAGAUGAAAGAAGCGCAAGAGUACAAAGAGAAAGCCAACAAGUGCAUGCAAUCGGGGUUCUUCAAGAAACAAGACCCCGUCAUGGCCAGUACAUUCUACAAACGAGCGGCCGACGCCUAUCAGGUAGCGGGCGAAGAACGAUUGGAACGACUUUAUCGGGUAUCCAGUGCCGACUGUCAAAUGAAAGUGGGUGCCUUUGCCACUGCUGCCGCAGAAUAUGCUCGAGCGGCAGAAUUAUUAAUGUUAUCGGAAGCCGUAGAAGACACACUCGAACAAAAGCGCCGCGAUGGAUCGCAAUACCACAAAAAUGCCGCGGAAGCUUGGAGACAAAUGAACGAACCCGCCAAGGCAGCCGCCAGCAUGGUCCAAAGUGCUCUCGCCUUUUUGCAUCAGGAUAACAGUGAAGUAUUGUCCAAGGAUACGCUGUCAGGAUUGGAAGAAGCCGUGGAAUCCUUUGUACCAGAUCCACUCAAUCCCUACUGCCGCUAUCGACAGACUGGAGUAUCCGCCUUUAUUGACCCCGAUAGUGACGAGAUUGCCACCAAACCUUCCGCCGAAACUCUCGAAUUGGCCAAAAAUCACAUUGUCUCGAGAGCCUAUUCACACGAACCCAUCUGGGAUGUCAUUGAUCUAUUGGUCGGAUACGGAGAAUAUGCAUCGGCAUUGUAUGCCGCGGGAGCAUCCUCCACGUUAUUGUCGCGAGAUGGAAUUUCCACAUUGACACUGUCGCGCAGCUAUUGCAUGGAAACCGUGCUCACGUUGGCCAUGGGAGAUCCCAUUGCGGCCGAACAAAAUUUCUUGUCGAUUCACUGCCAAAAAUCGCAUUACCUCAAUUCUCGCGAAUGCAAAUUGUCCGAAGAAUUGUUCCGGGCCGUCAAGAUGCGAGACAUCGAAACAUUGGACGAAGUCCGGUCGCCCGAGGGAAGCAAUCGAGCAUGUCUGGCCAAUAUGCAUCCCGCCAUGCGAGAGUUGGUGAGCAUCCUACGGGUCAGUGGUGUCGCCAAACGAGGAGCGCCGCCCGAAGAGGCAGAUAAACCCAAAAUGGAUCUUAAAAAGGCAGACAAGGAAUUGCCAACCUUGUCGCAGUUGGCACAGAAAAAGACGGGCUACGAAGGACUCGAAGUGGAGGACGAGGAGGGAGAAAAUCUCAAUGCCGCAGAUCUGGAUGCCGAAUUGGAUGCUUUGAAUUUCGAAGAAGAAGAAGAGGACGAGGAAGACUGGGAUCUUCGUUAGGGUUUGCAUUGCAGAGGCAGUUCGUAGUGUGGUCUUGAUUGGAGUCAACUCAACUCACGGAGCCCACCUCGACCUGCGUUACAUCAUAAUGCUCUACACUCCUCCCUUGAUAUUAAGAUGUCUCUAAAUUCACCUGAAUCCUGAAGGCAUCUUAGCAAAAACUCAAAUAUCUGCACUGAGAAUCUUCUUAGCAUUUUGUUAAAAUUCAGGGUCCAAAGGCAACAUCUUAGCUUUCUUGGCAUUUCUAUUGACCAUACUAGUAGUAUGGUACAUACCAACCUUGCUACUCUGAUAUCCACCUUACCGAACAUAGUCUACCCCUAGGAGAAGAGAGGAAAGAGCAGUGUAUCAUCCGCCGGAGGCGAAAUUUUUUACUUUUGGUACCUGUUUCUAAAGCAUUUUGUUGUAGAAAAGUGUCAUUGUAUCAUCUCUCAAUCUCCUAUGUGCCCAAGGGAGAGUGCUUACUGGCUAUCUUAGCUCUAGUGCCGAUCUGAGUGUCUCAAUUAUCUUAACAUUUUAGCAAAUCUCAGUACUCGAC